AUGCAAAUUCUGGUUCAGAGAGGUGCUGAGAGAAAAAUAGCUCUAACAUCAGACGCGUAUGCACUAAUCUUCAACGCGGUUAAGAAUGGAGAUCACUCCAAGCCGCUAUGUGCGAUCGAGCUGUUGCCAAAAUCCAGGGUGGGAGUAUCGUUCCAGAAAAUGACAAGCCACGAAGUCCACGGUUUUAUUGGUUUGAUCGAAUUAGAGGGUCUGAUCUUCAUCUGCACUAUUACAGGAAAAACCAAAGUCGCUCAACCGGUGCCUAAAGAGGCGGUCAACAAGAUCUUCGCAGUUGACUUCUUUUGCUUAAACGAUUCGCGGUGGGAUUUCGUAGAGCUGGACUCAAAUGGGUACCCGGUGACUAGCGAAGAUGACUACAGAGGAAGUGGGGGUUCGACACCAGGCUCAAUGGGAGAUCAAUCACCAUCGGUUCCGGGCCAUCCCUGUCACGAACUGCGUAAGCUUUUAUCCAACGGGUCGUUUUACUAUAGUUCUAACUUCGAUUUAACGUCAAUUCUUCAAAAAAGAGGAAUGAGCGCGCAUUCGCUCAGCUUCGACAACUACCAAGAAGAAUACAUGUGGAACUCAUUUCUCAUGCAGGAGACUAUAACUUUUAGAAAUCAUUUGGACGACACAGCGAGACGGAUUCUCGACGACGAAGGAUUUCUCACGACCGUCAUCCGAGGCUUCGCUGAAACCUUCGUCACUUACAUUAAGCAGCUCAAAGUUUCUCUUACAGUGAUUUCCAAACAGAGUUGGAAAAGAGCAGGUACCCGGUAUAACGCGCGUGGUGUGGAUGACGAGGCCAAUGUCGCGAACUUUGUUGAAACAGAACUCAUCAUGUAUUCUCGAGAAUACUGUUAUGCCUUCACUCAAAUAAGAGGUAGUAUUCCGAUUUUUUGGGAACAGGAUACGGCUUUGAUAAACCCAAAGGUUCAAAUUACUAGAUCUCUGGAAGCGACGCAAUCUGUGUUUGACGACCACUUCACGAGAUUGGUCGACAAGUAUGGUCCAGUCCAUGUGGUAAAUCUGCUAUCGACAAAAUCGAACGAGAUAGAGCUGUCUAGGCGUUAUAAGCAACAUGUUGCGAAGUCCAAGGCUCAUAAGCUCAAUAAAGAUAUAUUCUUUACAGAGUUUGACUUUCACAAGGAAACUUCACAAGAAGGUUUUGCAGCUGCUGCUCGAAUCAAGCCCCUUGUAACCCAAUUUUUGCUCGAAAGUGGCUAUUUCUCAUACGAUGUUCGCGACCACAAAGUGUUGUCAGAGCAGCAUGGGAUCUUCAGAACAAACUGUCUCGAUUGCUUGGAUAGAACGAAUUUAGUGCAGCAGUUUCUCUCUCGAUAUGCAUUUGCGUUGUUUUUGAACGAUUUUCAUUUGAUGUCAACCACUCAAGGAACUGCAUUCACGGAUAGCGACUUAUUCAUCAAGCAUAACACGCUUUGGGCCGAUCACGGUGACCAGGUUUCUCAAAUCUACACUGGCACCAAUGCUUUAAAAUCAUCCUUUUCUCGAAAAGGUAAAAUGUCAUUUGCCGGUGUUCUGUCGGACGCAACAAAGUCUGUGAGUCGCAUGUACAUCAACAAUUUUAUGGAUAAAAACAAACAGAUCAACAUCGACACACUUUUAGGCAGACUAUCAAAUCAACGGGUGGUUGCCCUUUAUGACCCCAUCAACGAGUAUGUUACCUCUGAGCUCAAUAAGUCGAGCUCGCAAUUCACAACUUCAUCCACCAUCAACAUUUUUGUUGGUACGUAUAACGUCAAUGGUCUGACACGGAAAACGGACCUUUCCAAAUGGCUCUUCCCUAUUGGGGACAAGUUCAAGCCUGACGUUGUAGUCUUGGGAAUGCAAGAGAUCAUCGAACUGAGCGCUGGAUCCAUUUUGAAUGCGGAUUACUCGAAAAGCUCAUUUUGGCAGGGCAUUGUCAAUGACUGUCUCAAUCAGUAUAAUGACAAGUAUCUGCUUCUAAGAGCGGAGCAAAUGUCUUCUUUGUUAAUACUUUUCUUGGUGAAAUCAGACAAGGUCAAAAACGUCAAAGAGGUAGAGGGCUCAUCCAAAAAAACAGGACUAGGAGGUAUGACUGGGAACAAAGGUGCGGUUUCUAUUCGGUUUACUUACGGAAGCACCUCGUUUUGCUUUGUCAAUGCGCAUUUGGCUGCAGGCGUCAAUAACGUAGAUGAGAGGCGAAACGACUAUGAUAGCAUCAACAAAGGCAUAAGCUUCACUCGUUCAAGACAAAUAUCUCACCAUGAUGCUAUAUUUUGGCACGGUGAUUUGAACUACAGAUUAGCGCUGCCGAACGAGGAGGUUAGGCGAGAGCUGAAUGCCGCGUCGGGUGACAGAUUCCCAGAGAAUUUGCUCCUUCACGAUCAGCUAACUCAGGAAAUAAACGCCGGCGUUGUUUUUAAAGGCUUUAAAGAGCCCACUGUUAAGUUUCCUCCCACUUACAAGUACGACCAUGGGACCAACAAUUAUGACACCUCCGAAAAAGCUAGAACACCUUCUUGGACCGACCGGAUUGUCUACAAGGGAGAAAAUUUGAGGCCAUUAGCCUACUCGGAUGCCCAGCUCACUGCUAGCGAUCACAAGCCAGUCUACGCUGCUUAUCGGGCGCAAGUCAAUUACGUGGAUGAAGCCAUUAAAGGUGAUUUGACUAAAAAACUCUACUUAGAGUACAAAAAAGCGCAUCCCGAAAGCUCCAACGAGGCCAGUCUUGCGCUGGUUGACGUUAAUUACGAAGAGAACAUCCGCAAACCAAGAACAACAGACCCGGGAGCGAACGAAUGGUCUGCUGUUAAUUUGUUGGAUUAUAAUGAAAAUCAGAGUCGUGUCAAGUCGCCAUCUCCAUCUCCAUCAUCUUCCUCAUCCUCCGAUCUCGCCUCUGUCCAAUCGGUACCGCUGCAGCCCGUAAGAAAGGAAAUGCCUGUCACAUCGCUGUCGUCAGCUUCAUUGGGCCGGACUCGUAUUCCACCGUCGCCUCCGCCCGCACCUCGAACAACCUCUACACAGUCGUUGCAGGCCUCUUUUGCUGCGAAUUCAAGCAGAGACGUCCGGACCACAGAAGCAACGAAAAACAGUUCCAUCAUUCCUCCGCCACCACCCUCGAGAAAAACAGUUUUCCCUCCGGGCUACAAUUCUUCAAUCCUCACGCCCAAAAGCUCGAGCGCGAACGGGUCGAGAAUUACUUCUCCUGUACAAUCGUUGCCCAUAACCCCUUCUGCUUCCGAGUCUAACGGGAACAAGGAAACGAACAACAAUGUGCCGCCAGUAGCAUCAAAGGUCGAUGAAGAACAGCCGGACGAAAAAACGGGAGCAAAAGUUCCGCCACCACGUCCGUCAAAAAAACCCGAAUUGAACAAUUUAACCAUGGAGUCGUGGAAACCGCUGACACCCAGGUAA